AUGGCCAGCAAGGAUAGUGGGCCAUUUGCCCCGGUCCUGGCGGCCGUCGCGACAAUGCAAGGGAAUGUGCCUAGGUCCGAGAAGACUCAAGCCCACGAAUUCCUCGAGAAAUUCCAGAAAUCGAUUGAGGCAUGGACAACAACCCAUGCACUUUUACAAUCUCCCGACGUACCAGUUGAAGCCAAAUUAUUCGCGGCAACUACCUUGAAGGGAAAGAUCAUCUUUGACUUGGAUCAACUCAACCCCGAAUCGGUUUUAGCCCUCCGAGAUUCCGUUCUUAACCUACUUGUGGCCUUUGCCUCCGGCCCACGACCCAUCCAGACUCAGUUAUGUGUGUGUUUAGCAAGUCUGGCGAUUCAGAUGACCGCAUGGAAAGACGUUUUGGCGGUUGUUGGAGCCGCAUUGGGCAGCAGUGCGGGGGAUUGCGUUCUGGAAUUUUUGAAGAUUCUCCCCGAGGAAGUCACAGAAGGUCGCAAAAUUAACCUCAGCGAAGAUGAUCUGAUUUCGAGAACAAAGGAGCUGCUGGAAGACAAUGCGGAGCAGGUUAUGCAACUCAUGAUUCAGUAUGCUCAAUCUUCACCGUCCGCCGCCACCAAUCCACGCCUUCUGGAUUGCAUUACCUCAUGGCUUCGCGAAAUUCCCGCCUCCAAGGUUGUCGAGUCGCCUUUGAUGGACGUUAUUUUGAAGGCAUUGGACAACGAGGUGUCAUUUGAUGCCGGUGUGGACUGCAUGUGUACUCUUUACCGGGAUACUAAGGACGUUGAUGAAUCUCUCUCUGUCAUCCAGGCGCUUUAUCCACGAUUGAUGGCCCUUCGACCUAAGAUUGCCGAAACUGCCGAAGCCGAAGAUUUGGAUGCGUUCAAGGGUAUCACAAGAAUGUUCGCAGAGGCUGGUGAGGCUUGGGCGGUUCUUAUCGCGCGACUGCCAGUGGAGUUCCGGGGCCUAGUCGAGGCCGUCCUUGAGUGCUGUGCUCGCGACUGGGAGCGGGACGCUAUUUCCCAGACCUUUAUCUUCUGGUACGAAUUGAAGCAGUACAUCACCAUCGAACGAUACACAGAUGCUCGCAUCAACUUCCAAGAUAUUUUCUCGCAGCUCGUGGAUAUCAUGGUCAAGCAUCUGGAAUUCCCCAGUCCCGAGGAAGGCGAGACAGAUCUCUUUGGUGGUGAUCGUGAGCAGGAGGAAAAGUUCCGACAGUUCCGACACGCCAUGGGCGAUGUCUUGAAGGACUGCUGUGCUGUUGUGGGCGUGACUGAAUGUCUAGGCAAGAUCUACCACUUGAUCCAACAAUGGGUGGGCAAGUACGCAGCGCAGGCCAGCAACGAGCACGUUCCGCAUUGGCAGGAGUUAGAAGCUCCUCUCUUCGGACUUCGUGCCAUGGGCCGUAUGGUUGAUCCUGAGGAAAGCACCGUACUGGGUCAAUUGAUCAGUCUGAUUGUACAGAUCCCGGACCAAGAGAAGGUUCGAUUCCAGGCCAUCAUGGCUCUCGCACGCUACACCGAGUGGACUGCGCUUCACCCCGAAACUCUCGAGGCACAACUCAACUAUGUGAUUUCUGCUUUCCAACAUCCCUCACCGGAGGUCAUCCAGGCGGCCGCUCUUGCGUUCAAGUUCCUUGGAACAGAUUGCCAGAAGCUUCUGGGUGGUCACAUCGACCAUCUGCAUUCCUUCUUCCUGACCGUGCUUGACAAGUUGAAGCCUACUAGCCAGGAGGAGGUGGCUGAGGGUGUCGCCGCUGUCGUCUCUGUGCAACCCAUGGAGAAGAUUUACGAUUCCUUCAAGAUGUUCUGCGACCCAAUCAUGCAACGAAUUAUGAACCUUGCCAACAAUGCCCAAGACGAAGAAGGCCAACGGGCGGUUGCCGAUCACCUGCAACUUAUCACAAUCUUUGUGCAAGUAGUCUGUCCCAUUGUUCCCCCGGGCCAGGAAAACCCUGCUGUCAAGUACUGCGGCGAAAUCCUGCCCAUCAUGACCACAAUUGUUAUGAACUUUACGUCUUCUACACCCAUUCUAGAGCGCGUGUGCCGAUGCUGGCGCUACAUGAUUAUUUCUUACCGGACCGCUAUGAUUCCUCUUCUCCCCACUCUCGCCCAAAGCAUUGCGAAUGGAUUCGAGGCUUCCCGGGAAGGAUGUUUCCUGUGGGCAACGGAUGCUGUCGUCCGAGAGUUUUCCGACGGUGCCGAAUUCGUGGACCAGGCCACUAGCGAUGCCGUUUUCCAGUUCUACGAACAGCAAGCUCUGGCGUUCCUCCGGAUACUGAAUGAUCUGCCCCCUGAGAAUCUCCCCGAUGUUAUCGAGGAUUUCUUCCGAUUGUCUUCUGACGCCGUCCGCUACUACCCUAAGAAGUGCAUAACCUCAUCACUGGCUAUCCCAAUCUUUUCUGCGGCACUUAGCUCUCUCACACUCCAACAAGUCGAUCCUCUUAUCGCCACACUUCACUACUACCGCGAUCUAUUCAGUUUUGCAUUUGAUAAGCCCGUUGUCUCCGAAUUUACCAGCCCCGAGGGCGAACCCUACACCAAUCCUCUAGAAGUCCGUGAGGCUGUUAAGGCUCUUUUGGGCUCCCAGGGACAGCUGCUUUCUCAACGAGUGUUGACCGGAAUGAUGUUCACAUUCCCCGGUGACUGUUUCCCUGAUGCCUCAGGGGUCAUGAUGACACUCUUUGAAUUGCUGCCCCAUGAGACCGGAGCCUGGCUGCAGAAUACCCUGCAGAUGCUGCCCGCGGGAUCCAUGAAACCGGGCGAGGCCGAGCGACUUCUGAAGGGAAUUGCCGAUAAGGUGCAAUCUGGCGAAACCCGGAAGAUUCGUGUUCUCCUCCAAGAUUUCACCAAUUCCUACCGCCGUCGCAAUGUUGCACCCCGUGAUGGCCUCGGACGGUUGGAGGCGACACGCUUCCGAUUCAGCGGAUAA